UUUUUCUCUACAAAGGUAAAAAGAAGAAAACAAAAAAAAAAAAAUGGUUGGAAAAGAUGGCGUUCUCAGUAAUGAUAUUUUUAUGAAUUAAUUUGAUGGCAACCUUAUUAUUUAUCUAUUUUGAUUUCCUUUGUCUUUCCUUGUAAAUCUUGUCAUUUGGUUAUGGUUGGUGAUAGUGGGAUUAGCUCCCAUGGAGUUUCUUUGAAGGCAUUGUAAUUAUAUUGUAUUGUUUGUCUGUUAGGCCUUUUUUGUAUACUGAUAAGAGAUUGAAAGCCUGCUUUCAUGAACCAUUUGUUCUUUUCUCUAUAUUUAUGUAUUCAAAUUCACCCUUUCAUUGUUGUUUCUCAGCCUGCAGUUUCUUUGAACUAUUUGCAGGUGGUUUGGGUCAGGUGGCCAUUUGUGGGGUUUGAACUUCAAAUCAGAGUACGUAUAUUUUGCCCUUUCAUCACUUCGAUUCAACUCUAAAGGAAUAUCGAAUCAUGCAGACGCCUAAAGCAAGUAGAACAAGCUCUGCAGAAGUGCCUCAGAGAAAAUCUCCUGCAACGCCUCGGACUGCUCGUCAACUGAAGAUACCAAGAUCUGAUUCGGAAACAGUGUCUUCACCAAAUACUAAAAGUAGGACACCCAAAGAUAGAAGUCCAAAGGUUACCGAGCGCAAAGUAUUGAGAAGCCCAGUAGCUGAGAAGAAGCAACUGACCAGAGUGACUGAACUGGAGUCGCAACUCACUCAACUUCAAGAGGAUUUAAAAAAAACGAAAGACCAACUGACUGCCUCCGAGUCGUGGAAGAGGCGAGUCAUGCAAGAGGCUGAGGAGGCCAAGAAGCAGCAGUCUGCAAUGUCAGCCAAGCUCCAAGAAACCGAACAGCAAUUGCAGGAAAUUUCUGCCUCUGAGGAUGACCGCGUGCAAGAACUAUGUAAAAUUUCUCAAGACCGAGAUCGAGCAUGGCAAUCUGAACUUGAGGCAGUCCAGAAACAGCACUCAAUGGAUUCUGCUGCCUUGGCUUCUGCCAUGAAUGAAAUUCAAAAGCUUAAAGCUCUGCUGGAAAACAUUGAAUCUGAGGCUGUUCAAAUUAAGCAUGCUGAAUCCGCACAUGCCGAGAUUCAGAACUUGAGGAUCGAACUAACCGAAACUCUCUCCUUGGUUGAAAAACUUAAGUCUGAGCUCGCUAAUUGCAGAGAAUCUGAGUCCAAUGCUCUUGAAGUUGUUCGAAAAACUCAAACACAACUCGAAACAGCAAAUGAAAUGGUCGAAAUGCUGCGUUCUGAAGGGACUAAAGAAACUGAAGUUCACAACACAUUAACGCUUGAAUUAGAGCAAUCAAAAGCUAGAGUUAAGUCACUGGAGGGACUUGUGAGCAAGCUCCAGGCUGAAUUGAUUGGUAAUAGCAACAAAACUUUCGAGGAUCCCCAAGACGGUAAACUACUACAGCAGAAUGUAGAAAAUGAGGACAAGCAGAAGCUUAACACGGAGCUUAAUCUCGCAAAACUUGAAGUGAGUCAACUGAGAUCAGCACUAGAUGCAGCUGAGGUUAGGUACCAUGAAGAAUAUAUUCAGAGAACACUGCAAAUUAGAGGUGCAUAUGAACAAGUGGAGCACAUAAAAGCGCAAUCAUGCCAGAAGGAAGCGGAACUGAAGGAAGAAGUAAAGAAAAUGAAAGCUGAUGUUGAUGAACUGAGAGGUAACUUGAUGGAUAAGGAGACUGAAAAGCAGAGUAUUUCUGAGGAAAACGAGUGGCUGAAUUUGAAGAUUGAGAAGAACCAGUCGGACCAAAGAGAAUCUGAGCUUGCAAUAGAGCUGACGAAGUUAGAGGCAGAUUUGACAGAACUGAAAGCAAAUUUGAUAGCAAAGGAAACGGAAUUGCAGGUCAUAACCCAGCAAAAUGAGAUGCUCAAAAUGGAAAUUAAGAAGACGGAAAUGGAUAGCAAUAAUGUUGGUGAAGAGUCCGUUGCGUUGUUAGAAGCAGCACGGGCUGCAGAGCGAGAGGCGCUGAUGAAACUUGGCUAUUUAACUGAGGAAGCAGAUAAGAGCAGCCGAAGAGCAGCACGGGCGACCGAGCAGCUCAAUGCAGCACAAGAAACAAAUACAGAAAUGGAAACCGAGUUGCGGAGACUGAAGGUGCAGUUAGAUCAAUGGAGAAAGGCAGCUGAGGCAGCUACUGCCAUGCUUUCGACUGGGAACAGCGGGAAACAUUCGGACAGGACAAAAUCUCUCGACAGAAACUAUAACCCUGGAGCUGGUUUGCCGAACUUGGAAGAAACGGAUGACGAGGAUUCACCCAAGAAGAAGAACGGAAACAUGUUGAAAAAGAUUGGUGUGUUGUGGAAGAAAGGCCAGAAGUAAUAGCAAAUGCAUGACAGGUUUCUAUGUUGCAUGUAUCUCUGGUCGAAAACGUAGAAUGGUUUAGGAUGUUUUUCAGUUUAUCGAAAAGUUACCUUAAUUUUGUUCUUAACAUGUCUGGUUGGGAGUGAUUCUGAUCAUGCUUUCAAUGCCAUAGAAACCUGUUAAAAGGCUGA